UCGCCGUGGAAAGGGGCGUAGCCACCCCCUCCAGGACUUUCGCCUUUCUGCCGACUCCUGCGGAGACUGUUUUCAGACUGUGAUGUGUUCGAAGGAGAGUAGCAGCUCUUCGUCCCCGGUGGGCGUCUACCCGCUGGUUGAUGUCGACCAGUACAGGCUACAGCUGUACCAGUACGCCGUGGCGGCACAGAGGCUCGGCUACCCACAGUACUCGGCCGGCUACCACCCCCGGCUCGCCCUUUCGCUCCUCACCCCGAGAGGGAUGGUGCCGGAGGAGCCCAAGCCGCAGCACAGCUACAUCGGGCUCAUCGCUAUGGCCAUCCUAAGCUCGCCGGACUUUAAGCUAGUCCUCUCGGACAUUUAUCAGUACAUACUGGACCAUUACCCGUACUUCAGGACAAGGGGGCCGGGCUGGAGGAACUCCAUCAGGCAUAAUCUCUCACUCAACGACUGCUUCGUCAAAGCGGGGAGGAGCGCCAACGGCAAAGGCCAUUACUGGGCCAUACACCCGGCCAACGUCGAAGACUUCAAAAAAGGAGAUUUCAGGAGGAGGAAGGCCCAAAGAAAAGUGAGGAAGCACAUGGGACUUGCGGUAGAAGACGACGGGACGGAUUCGCCCUCGCCUCCUCCUCUCCCACGUACUCCACCUCCACGGCAUUCCUCGUGGCCGCCCUGCCCGAGGAGGAAGAAAAGGCAGUUCGACGUCGCCUCCCUCCUCGCCCCCGACCCGAGAUCCGACGAAGAAGAAGAGCUCGACGUCGUCAACCCGGCACCCGCCCCGUGGCCCUACACCUCUUUCAACCAACACCUCAUGGCUAGGUACUACCAGACACACUGUUAAGAGUUACCUUCAACCCCAUCAAAGUAAAAAAACAUAAAACAAAUUAUAACUAUAUGUUAAAUAAACGACGUUCAUACCAAAUACGAGGAAAAUUCCAAUAAUUGUAAAUAUUUUAUUUAUGUUGUAAAAUACUAGAAAUAUUGUG